AUGUCUGUUCUGCGCCAUGGAGGAAGUAGUUUCCUCCAGCGCCGCCUCACGAAGAUCUAUACCGAUGCGAAGACUUCUUGCGAGAGUGUCACUACGGCAUCGAAAGCGGUGGAUGACCCUGAGCUUAUCGCCCUGCACCAGAGCUUCCAAAAACAGCGAGAUCGCUUACUCGCGUGGGGUCUAGAUUGGAGCGAUGAUAACGCCGCCCAACCGAACGACAUCGACGAAUCACUGACGGCGGCAGGGAUUAGCGACGUAGUCGAGAGUGUGAUGUCCUCUAUUCAAGAACUCCUCAAUGAUGCCGAACGAAUCCAACGUAUCGAUGUCCCUAUUCCCUCCAAAGAGCGCAAGGUCGACCUACCCACGAAAGUUGCACUUGAAAGCCGACCACUCAAGACUCAAUGGACAGAGGACGAUGUCACCCAGUCCAAAACUAUCCUCAACGAAUUAACAGGGUGCAUUGACACGCUGUAUGAUCUAUCCCGCUCACGACGAACAAUGGCCUCCAUGUCUUCUGGCAAGUACAGCACUGGCCGCCGACCACAACUUUCCCAGACCACAACCUAUGACUCCUCCCACGGUUCCUUUUCCGAGUCCAAAGAAAGGAUUCAAAGCCCGAAACAAUUCUCUGAACAAUCCAAUUACUCCCCUUCAACCUCCAAACUCGAUUUUGGCACUUCAAUCUCGACAUCCGACCAUCUUGUCAUUAAACGAUCAGCUUUACAAUUAUCCGGGGCAACACAUGAGAAUUGUCCCCCACCGUAUGAACCAGUUGCAGCAACCUCGAACUCUAGGGCCAUUGGUCGACUGAAUGCCUCGGCUGUCCCAUCUCUUCUGGGCUCCGUCAGGGAAUCCCAUGUCUCUGUACUGAUCGAAUUUAUGCCCAUGAUGGGGGUCUCUCAAGAGAGCUCAAAAAAUCUCCGACUUGAAAAGCUCCAGAAGUCGAUAGACCAGCUGCUACAGAAUGCUAGGAUAAGUCACCUGGGACUCUUAAGAUUCCUUGGGUACUGCAUCGAUGAGCCGAACACCCGCUACGCCUUCCUUUAUCAGAUGCCUAUUGAUUAUUUCCCAUUUCUACGUAAUCCAAGCGACCUAUUAAAAGAGCUCAAGCCAGUGCCACUAGUAGCUCUGCUUCCGUCUGCCGAGGACUACAGGGAGAAACGGAUGCCGAAUCUUGAGACUCGGUUUCGACUGGCCUACGAUCUGUUAAUGUCGGCUUUGCACUUACGAAGUCAGAAUGCUGUCCAUGGUAACAUCAACAGCAGCAAUAUUAUAUUCUUCCCCGGUCGAACUGAUACGAGCAAUGACGAGAGUGGUCUUGCUCCUGAUCUGAGGCGUCCUUAUUUUACCUCACCGGCCCGCUUCUCCGGCGAUGGUCCCACCCCAGAACUCUUGUCUUCGGCGAUGUAUCGCCACCCCGAAGACAAGAGAUCUGUCGAAGACGACGGUGCUUGGGCAUACGAUCUUUACUCCCUUGGCUUAAUCCUGUUGGAGAUUGGUCUAUGGGCUCCUGUCGGGCGGUUAUGGAAGAUGAAGUAUGACCGUUCCUGGUUCAAGCAUCGCAUUGAAGAUCUCUAUGUGAAAAAACUUGGCCCAAAAUGCGGAAACGCAUACCUUCAGGCUGUUCAACUCUGCCUUGAUGCACCCAACUUCCAUCUUUCGACGCAACCUAUGACCGAUCUUUCAUUCCGAGUACCUCAAAUUUACCAUUACCCCGUUUUGGACUUGUCCGAUCCAGAUGGUACCUUCUCGUUCUCAAUGAACUUCCUUUAUACUAUUUCCAAAAUUCUGUGGUCAUGCUGCCGUAUUGAUAUCUUCUCAGCACCGCCUGCAGAAGAACUGGAUGACUGUCUGCCACUAGCGCUAGUUCCCACCCCAGAAGCCACUCCCGUGCAUGAGAACGCGGCGCCGUUCCCACCUAUCCAUGAUAUACCUGUGGAUCAUCAAUCAACAGAAAAUUGGGACACAGUCAUGAGGGAAAUUAGACCUGCCAAGAAGCGUACUCUUAAGAGGCUCCCAAAUAUUGAGAUCCCUGACGAUCACCUCAGCGAGUGGAAUUUCCAGAUGAUGCCCCGAUUGAGCCGACUUCUUCAGAAGGUCUUGAAGGAAACUCCUGAGUCUUGCGCCGCAAACCUCAUUAUGACUGGAGAUUCACCUGAGACGGCAAGGACUACGAUAUGCGUAACCUGUGCUAGUGUGAAGAAAGUUCGCUCUGCCUUGAAGAAAAAUUUCCAGCUAGGCAGAGAUGAUUGGGAUCUGAUCGUGAUACGCGGUGAUAUUGAGAGGUCUAAAGUUCCUCGCAACAAGCGUCAAAGUCCGGCGAAGACAAGACCCAAUGUCACUAAUGAAACACCCUUUCGCCAGCGAGAAUUAAACCCAUGUUAUCAGCAGCGACCCCUCUGUGGUGCUUCAAUUGGUGCUUUCCAAAAUGAAGAACAUUUGCCGCCUGUUUCCUACGGCGGUGCCAUUCUCGUUGACGGCCUACCAUAUGGGUUGACAGUCCACCAUAUGCUGGAAACUCCUGACGAUGUUGAUGAAAUCCCCAGAGAGGAAGAAGACGCGCCAUCCCGGUCUAUGGCUAACUGGUCCCACAGUACAUCGAUAGCUUCCGAGCCGACCUGGGUGGAAGAUGACCAGUUAGAAAACUCCCUGGAGUAUGAGAUUUCGGACCUCGAAGAUGGCGACGAUGCGUCAACAAUGCACGGUGGUGCAGAUGACGAAUACUGGCUCUCGGACGAUGACUCAUCCGACGAUGAUUCCAUUGAUCCUGGUGAUGAUGACGACGACGACGCCGCAUCGAUCGGUGACACUGCUGGUUAUGAACCGGGCGAAGAGCCGCGCCUGUUCGUCACUCAACCAGCUAUCGACGAUGAAGAUCGCGACGAUGAGCAUCUAGCCUCCCACUCUCUUGGCUAUAUUCAUGCUUCAUCUGGUAUGCGGCGUUGGAUGAGGAAGGGCAUGAAACACGAGAUUGAUUGGGCUCUGAUCAAAGUAGAUGAAUCCCGCAUGGACCCUCGAAACCUCAUCAUUGAUACCACAGUAUCAGUCCCUACCAACCUUAUCGCAGGACGAACCUGCCAACCCCCAUCUAUAUUUCUCAAUCAAGUCGCCCGAAUGGAGGAGCUGGGCGGUUUACACGUUCACUGCUGUGGCCGAACCAGCGGGCUUCAAACGGGCCAAAUAUCGAAGGCUAUGACGAUGGUCAAGUUCCAGGGCCGACAUUCAUUUUCAACAAGCUUCUGUGUCCACGGCAAUUUUGGAGCCCCCGGCGAUUCAGGUGCAUGGGUUUUUGACAAGUCGACCGGCCGUGUCUGUGGCCACGUCCUGGCUUGGUCCGCUAGAAGCAAUACCACCUACAUCUCUCCUAUGGAAGUGAUCCUCGAAGACAUUUCUCGCUCCCUGAACGCAUCUCGCGUUACCCUCCCCGGUGACCCUACUAUAUCCUUAGGCUAUGCAGGUCCUACUCCGCCUCCCCAGGCCCACUAUCGCUAUCAAGCUCAGCAGCUUCCGGGUGAUUUAAAUCGCCUGACGGUCGGAGGACAAUUCCCACCCCCAAUACCCCCACAUCCUUUCUCUCAUCCGCAUCAUCCAGGGUACGGCCACCCUGCACCAUCUCCAUCUUCUCGGCCCUCUCGUCCCGGUUCUCGGGACGCUCACGUCUUCCGUGGUCCCGUGCCUCCAAUUCCCCCGCCUCUCCUGGCAGGACCGUGCAAUAUUGAACGCCCUCUGGCAUAA